AUGUCUCACGUCGCUCACUCCGUCGAGACCUCCAAGACAUGGACCCGAGAUGGAUUCAUGAUAUCGACGGAUCCAUCAUUGAUCCCUAUUGACGCACUUAACCAGGCGUUCGCCUCGGAGGACAUGUAUUGGGCCUCACCUCUUCCCGAACCGGUUAUGCGGGAUAUGCUGAAUAACUCGCUCUGCUUUGGCCUUUACUCACCUACACCUACACCACCUGCGCCUGUGCGCGCGGACCCGGGCCAAAAGGGCACUGAUCCGGCAUCCUCCAGUCCUGCGGAGACGUUACAUGAGAUCGCAACACAUGCCAAACGGGACGCGGACAGCGUUGCCGCCGCCAAUGCUGCGGCGUCAGGGACGAUGCGAGAGGAACAAGGACCUUGUCUGAUUGGCUUUGCCCGUUGCAUCACCGAUCGUGUCACUCUGCUCUACCUAACAGAUGUAUACGUCCAACCCGAGUGGCAAGGCCAGGGCUUGGGGAAGUGGCUCAUCAGCUGCGUUCAAGAAGUCGUUGAGGACAUGCCCUAUUUGAGACGGAGCCUGUGUAUCGUCGGCCACGGAAAGGAGAGAAGUAUGGAAUUUUACGGCAAGUUGAUGAAGAUGACUCCGGUACAGGAGCCUGUAGCCGUUCUCAACUGGAAGGGCCCGGGGAAUGUGUUUUGA